AUGGUCGCUACACGUCGCGGUGCGAAAGAGGCCCCAGUGGCCUCAUCUGCACCCUCUAGCACCCUCAGUGCCCCUCCCAAGCGCGGCGGCAGAACCAAGGCUGCUGUUGAACAAGCUGCUGAGCCUGCACCAGCUCCCGCGAAGGCCACUAAAACAACCGCUACAAAACGCAAAGCAAAGGCCGAGCCCGAAGACGCUGAGCCACCAGUGGCCAAGAAGACUGUCGUGACAAAAACAACACGCACAACAAAAGUUCAGACAAAAGCAGAGCCAGCCAUCGCUGCACCAAAGCGAGCGACGCGCGGCCGUAAGGCUGAGGAGCCUGACGACAUAGACGAGCUUCAAGCCGAUGAAGAGGCGCCCAAGCCAGCGGUUGUUCGAGCGCGCAAGAUCGCUCCAGUGAAGAAGACUGUUGCGUCAAAGGCCGCAGAGCCAGUGGCCGCAGAAGACCCAGUCGCUCAGGAGUCUAUUGUCGAGGAAGCUCCAAAGGCCGCGUCACGGGCGCGCAAGGCCCCCGCCAAAAAGGCACCUGUCACCAAAAAGACCGAGGCUCCAAUCGUCGAGGAGCCCGUCGCCGUCGAAACCACCAAGCCAGCAACCCGUACGCGUAAACCGGUAGUACCCAAAGCUUCAGCCUCGGCGCCAGCAUCGAAAGCAGCACCUGCGCCUGUGCCUGUACUUGCGCCAAGAACUACCCGCGGACGAGAUGCCCCCAUAAUUUCACAAGAAUCACCUCUCAAGGCGCCGGCCCGUAAACCUACAAAGAAGACUGUUACCAUCUCAACUCCAAAGGCUGAGCCAGAGCCAGCUGAAGAAGUAGUUGAAGAGGUUGUUGAGAUGUCAGUCGAGAAGCCUGCCGAGGAGCCAGCCGAGGAGUUGGUCGAGGAGCCAGUUGAAGUCGCUAUGGCUGAAUACCCGGAGUAUCCUACCACACCCGCACAUAUCGCAGCGCCAAUGACCUCAAGGAAAGCUUUGGCUGAGCUUCCCAACUAUCCCAACACCCCAUCACACAUUGUUGCGCCAGUCUCUAACAAGGACGCGCUUGCGGAGCUCGCCGGAUACCCCAAGACACCAGCACACAUCAAGGCUCCCAUCAGCUCAAAGGAUGCUCUGGCUGAAAUGCCUGGUUACCUCAAGACACCUGCGCAUAUCAAGGCCCCCAUAAGCACCGAAGCCGCCCUUGCCGAGAUGCCCGACUACCCUGAGACGCCUGUUCACAUCAAGGCCCCAAUUAGCUCUGAAGCUGCACUGGCCGAGAUGCCGGAUUAUCCAAAGACACCCGCACACAUUAAUGCACCUAUGAGCACUAAGGAUGCUUUGUCUGAGAUGCCAGGAUACCCCAAGACACCAGCUCAUAUCAAAGCUCCCAUUUCUAUCAAGGACGCAAUGGCUGAGAUGCCCGACUACCCGAAGACACCAGCUCACAUUCUUGCACCUGUCAUCCCUCUCACCGAAGAGAAAGAGGCUGAGGCUGUUGACCACGAUGUCGAGAUGGGAGACGCACAGGAGGCUUCUCUAUCCAAGCAUGAUGAGGUUAUGAAUGAUGCAGAAGUCGAGGCUCUUGUCUCUACAGAUGCACCAGCAGAAUCUCAAGACGCUGCAGCUCCUGCCGUCAACGAACAAGAAGAGGCUGAGAAUCUUCCAUCUACCGCAGACAAUUCCACUACACCAGCAGCCAAGUCUCCUCUGCAUGUGCAAGCCGAGACACCCUACCACACUACCACUCCUGCCCCAGAGGCAUGUGCUGAUCUCCCGGGAACCCCUCCUAAGCAGAUUGUAUGGGGCGUCACUGACCAAGAAGCUUUUGAGGAGCUCCCCGCUGAAUACCCGGCUACCCCAUCUCACAUCACUGCUCCAGUCACAUCGCAACAAGCAAUGGCAGAACUCCCCGGUUAUCCAAAGACUCCUGCUCACAUUGUGGCGCCAAUCACUCCGCGCAGGGCUCUCGCUGAGUUGCCAAACUACCCAACUACGCCAAGCCUUGCGCUUGAGGCUGCUCUUCAGGAGGAGAUCACUGCAUCUGUCAAGAAACAAACGCCUUCACCUAUACGCUAUUCCAGCCGUAAGGAGAAGGUCUCUUUUGGUUUCGAAGGGACUAGCGAGAUUGGUGAUGCCAGUGAGAUUACCGAAGCUAGUGAAUUCAGCGAAGUUGAUGUUGUGAGCGCCAUCAAGGCCCCUUCUUUCAGUGACCUGAAAGCAAGCAUGCCACUCAAACCCCUCCAACUCGCUCCCAUGUUCGCAGCACCCGAGCCAGCAUCACCUAAGAAGUCCGCGCUGAGAUCGCCAAUGAAGGUUAUGGACACUAAGACUCCGAAGAAGUCUGUCGCUUGGACUGAUGUUCAGGCUGACGAGAGCGAGAUAUUCAUGGAUGACGGUAUUCUUCAAGGCACAGUCUUCUACGUCGAUGUCACUCGUAACGGAAAAGAGCAAAACUUCUUGUUCCGUGGUCUUCUGGAGGACCUUGGUGCUAAGGUCGUCAAGGACAUUUCACAUGCUUCUCUGACUCACGUUCUUUUCAAGGAUGGAAGCAUGUCGACGCUAGAGAAGUGUCUCUCGAGCAAAGGUGCUAUCAAGUGCGUCAAUGUCGGUUGGGUCUUGGACAGCGAGUCGAACAAGAAGCGUAUGGAUGAAGAUCCCUAUCUGGUUGAUCUCUCCGUCGCUAAGCCUGCGUCUCCACUCCCAACCACUACCAUGAAGCCCUUCACACCUGCCAAGACACCCUCCAAGUACGCUCUUCCUCCUUCGUCUCAGUGCAAGAUGCCUAGCACUCCUACCAGCUCCGAGUUUGACCGUUCCUUUAACGACGAUAAGGAGAACAGUGAGGUCGGCGCAUUCUUCGACAGGAGCCCCCUUGCUCCUCGCACCGUCCCUAACAAGAAAUCCACUUUCUUGUUCAGCAAGGCUGCCAUCAAGACUCCCUCUAGGCCACUCUUCCUCGCGGCUACUCCAUCAAAAUCGGGCUUCUCGGCUAUCAAGCCUGCUCCUCAGGCUUUCUCGACAAUCAAGAAGCGUCCAGUAGAUUCUUCUCUCUUCAACAGCUCUCUGGGCCCGCCUAGGAAGCUGCGUCUCUUUUAA